AUAAUAAUACUAAGGCUGUGGUGUGUAUGCAGAGAAGGGGGGGUUGGACUUGUGCUGUAUUCUCCGCCAAACUUCUCCAAACUUCCCUUCCCUCCCCCCUCACAAAACUUCACCUCUUUUGCGUUCAGUCUGCUGCCUCAACCUCACCUCACCGCACCGCCGACCAAGGUCAGCGUCAGUGACCGCCCACAGGAACUGGCAACGCGGCACCAAACCUCCGCGGACCCCGGUAGCCUUUUUUUUCUUCCUCUCUAACAUUGGAGUUGGACUCACUCACUCACUGGCUGAGCAAACUACAGACUAACCGACCGCUGUCGCUGAGCGGAUGGAGGAAGCCUCGGUAGCGAAGGAGUGAAUCAGCCAAACGAUUGUGAACAACGUCAAGUUUGUGAGCGUUAAACGAAGUGACACCAUGUUGGGACACCCAGCGUCUUACGCUAACAAGAAGAGGAAGAAGCCUGUUCUCAAACAAAAGAAGGCCAGUGAUGGCAAUGAAGUUGUUAAAUCAAACCCUUCAAAGCGCCACCGGGAUCGGCUGAACGGGGAGCUAGACAGGCUGACAGACCUCCUGCCCUUUCCCGUGGAGGUUCGCUCUCGUCUGGACAAACUGUCGGUCCUUCGCCUCAGUGUGGGUUACCUGAGGGUCAAGAGCUACUUCAAAGGGGCCAUGAAGACCAAUAACAGCAGUCUGAUGUUACCUGGAGUGAACGGACAGAAUGGGCAGAACAGGAACAACAUGGACGUCACAGGCUUCUCUGAGGGCGACCUGCUGCUCCAGGCACUGAACGGGUUUGUGAUCGUGGUCACGUCAGAGGGCUUGGUGUUUUAUGUCUCUGCCACAAUCAAGGACUACCUGGGCUUUCAUCAGUCUGACGUGGUUCACCAGAGUGUGUUUGAGCUCAUCCAUACUGAUGACCGGGCUCUGUUCAGACAGCAGCUUCACUUUGCUCUCAACCCCCUAUCUGCCGGUGACGGAGAAAACGCCUCGCAGAAUUGUGGCGGCACAAUGAUUUACAGUCCUGAGCAGCUUCCCCCAGAGAACUCCGCCUUCCUGGAGAGGAGCUUUGUGUGUCGCUUCCGCUGCCUCCUGGACAAUUCCUCUGGCUUCCUGGCUCUGAAGUUCCAGGGUCGACUGAAGUACCUCCAUGGCCAGAGGCUUAUGAGGGACAAUGGGAACGCUAGCAAACCUCAGCUGGCACUUUUCUCCAUCGCUAUGCCCGUCCAGUCUCCAACCAUCGUGGAGAUCAGAGCCAAAAUGCUCCUCUUUCAAACUAAGCACAAGCUGGACUUCACACCCACAGGUGUAGAUAGCAGGGGGAAGAUUGUUCUGGGCUAUUCAGAGACUGAACUGUGCAUGAGAGGCUCCGGCUACCAAUUCAUCCACGCUGCUGACAUGAUGUAUUGUGCCGACAACCACAUCCGCAUGAUUAAAACAGGAGAGAGCGGUCUGACUGUUUUCAGGCUCCUGAGCAAGUUGAACGGCUGGGUGUGGGUGAAGGCCAACGCCAAGCUGAUCUACAAAGGAGGAAGACCUGAAUUCAUCAUCGCGUAUCAGAGAGCUUUGGUCAAUGCCGAGGGUGAGGAAUAUCUGCGUCAGAGGAGGCUGCAGCUUCCCUUCUCCUUCACCACAGGAGAGGGUGUCCUGUACAACACCGGCCCCACAGUGGACAUCACUCAGUUUCAGUUCAAUAAAAUGUUUAACAACACAGACGACAUUAAAAAGGAUGUGACCCCUGGCUCUCUGCUGGACUGCUUCCUGAGUCAGGACGAAAGAGCCUACUCGCAGCCAGUAGACCCCCCUCUACCUGUGGAUCAGGUGUUUUUGGACAGUGAGGCCCUGAUUAGCGUUACCAGUGACGUAUGGCACGACAGUGGAACUACAACCACGUCAAGUGACCCUGUUGCAUUGAAAGAGGAGGCCAAGCAGUCAGUGAUGGCUGUGAUUGACAACCUGGAAAAAAUGGCACAGGACGGUGACUUCUCUGCAGCUCUGCAGAAUCUGGAGGUCAGUGAUGCAGAGCUGAUGGAGUGGGAAAACACGCUCAAGGGAUUAAGUCAGGACGAGGGCCAGCAGAACGGCGUCAGGUCUGAGCUGGACAGCAUCCUCACUAAUGACAUAUUUGACUUCAUUGAUAGUGUUUUGUUCAAGGAGAAGGGAGAUCACUGUCUCAACACCGGCACUCCCGCCUGCCUCACAGCAGUCAACAACAAUCAGCAGGUCCCCUUCACUCAGGCUGUCCAGCUCUCAGCCGCUGGACAUAGUGAGCCUCAGUUGUUUCAGGCCCCGAGCCCUGAUUGUACUUACUCUCCAGUGAAUGGUCUCUAUGCUCACCAGCAGAAUGCAAUGAAUGGUCCAGUGACUGCAGGGCAAAGCUUGGCAGAGUCUGCUCAGAUGUUCAGCAGCACCCAGAAACUCUCCCACCACGGUCCCCUGAUGCCUCAGGCUGACACCAACCUGCCCCCUCUUCAGCAGCUGCAGCUCCAGGACAUUUACAGCCCCUCUAUAGAGCUCCCAGAGCUCACUGUCUCUGACGUCUCCGCUGCCUCAACCCCUUUUCAAUCCUGUGCACAGGCACCUAUCAACCACAUGGGCUUCCCGACUGCACAGACGCAGUCCAGUCAGCUUCUGCGGGGUCCUCAAAACAAUUUGCAGGCUCCUGCAAUAACACCAGACGGACAGCUGCUGCAGAGCUCUGUUCAACAACCAAACAAUGUAGAUCUUGGCGUCAUGGACAUUUUGCCACCCCUGAUUCCAUGCAAUGACUUUGUUUCCUCUAGCACACCUAAUAUUCCCAUUCCCUUUCCCACAACGUGUCUGCAAGGAAGCUCCGCUUUUGAAACGCACAACCACCAGGUUCAGCAGUGGCCGCAGGGCCAGCAGCAGAAGCUGCCUCAUGCUGGCGUCAUGCAGAACGGACAUGAGCCGAUGCCAGCAUGCCACAGCCAAACUCCACAAAGCCAAACAUUCCCACGUGCUGGCCUUUGGCCAAGGAACGUCACCGGACUGAGCCACACUCAGCAGGGAGGGCUGACGUGUGGCCAGGCAGCUACUCACAGCAGCUGCAUGUUUGACCAGCACUUUUCUAACAGUCCAGCAGGAGGCGACGUCCUGGCUCUGUCUGGGUCUUCAGGCCUGAGGGGGGCUGACACGUCUCUGGAUCAGAGUCCCCCUCAAGGUUCCUGCUACUUCCAGUGGAGCCACAGCGAGCCUGUGGUGGGCACAUCGGCCAUCAACCAGGAGAACGCCAACAUCAGUCCUCUGACCGCUCCGCCCAACAUGUCCUCUUCAGAGCACACACUCAACAUUCAGCACUACCUGGAAUGCCACAGAGAGACGCAGGAUGAAAGAGUCCUGACUGAACGCAGUGGGAUCUUCGCUGCUCCUGCUUGUGAUGUGGCCAUGUACCUGGCGGAGUAGAGCCGAGCCAUGUUGUCAUUUCCGACAAACCCAGGACAAGGACAAAACUCAGUAUAGUUUGCCUGUAUCAGUGCUUAUCCACGGACUCUCAUGCUUACCCUCAUUGUCGUAUGUUUUAUAUAUCACUCUGUGUCAUUUAUACUUUGUCCAGUCUGCAAUGUUUAAAAAUCUGUUGCUUGUCAAUUGUUAGUGAAGAUACACUACAGUAAUAAUGAAGUAUAAAGUCACAAGUGCGCUUAAAAAGGAUGGAGCUUGAGCCAGCUAGGAGGAUUGGUCAAGUAAAUCCAAAUAGCCAAAGAAAUAGGUUUUUUAUAAGGGAAACCAGGUGUCGUCACUUCCUUGUUUUCAGCCAGGGACAUUGAAAAUCUCCCAAGUAUAAAUACCUGAAAAUACUAAAAAAAAAAAAACCUGAACAUGCUGUUGUUUUGUAAAUAUAUAUAAUUAUAUAUAUAUAUAUAAUCAAUCUAAACUUUGAUGCUGAGAAAGUAGACACUUUAUCUAAAAGACAUCGUCGUCAUCUUUGUAAAGAAUCACUGAAAGUGAUAGCUACCUGAGCGCACAGCCGUACCUUCAAAUUAAAAUUGUUACAGAUAAAAAGCAUCUGUAUAUUUUAAAUAAAACCCUUGGAUGUGGUUGAUGUAAGUGUAUAAAUACAGUCUGUAAUCGUACUCGUGUCUGCUUUGGCUCACAACAAUGCCGUAUGUACAGAAUGCCUCAGCAUGUGACACGUGUUUAUCUGUAUGCAGUAUAAAUGUGCUGUUAUGGAGAAUGUGUUUGAGUUAGAGACGCAGAGAUAUCUCAGAUUCCAAAUUGUGAGUACAACAGAAAGAAAAUCAGAAACUUUCUGAGUCACAUUAACUCUGUUUGAUGCAAACAUUUUGCAUUGUUUGCAUUUCAGUGACGUUUUUAAAGCUGAAAUUAAGCAUAGCUGCAGUUGAGUUGAUGUGAACGCACUGCUGCUAACUAAGAGCUGUGAGUCCUUGCGUCCUACUCAUGUCGGUAAAGCAACUAAAAGUAACUGUGCUUAAAGAAAUCAGUCCAUCAAAAAACACGACUCACACUCAUCUCAGCAAAACGCUCAGUGACUGAAGAAAGGUCUACAAAAAAGUCGACAAAGACUUCUGAGAAAGAAAUUAUUCUUUCUCAAAAGUGCCCGACCACAAUGAUGACAGCGGCGUCCCGUCUCAUGGGCCGACUUCUUUGAAUGAAUGUGGGUCAACAUUCAACCUUCUAAAUAAGACAGUCAUCCUAACAGCUGCCAAAACUAAUGGUGCCUUCAGGCGCUCUGUAUCAGCCUCCACAUAUGUAUCGCUGCAGAGUCGCCCCCAGUGGUGAAUGAACUCAGACGAGUCCCAUGAUAUCUGAAUUCACAGCACAAGUGACAAUAAGCGAUGUUUACUUGACUGGUAAACGAUGUAGCAGGAUAGAGAUGAUAUAAAAGUAUAACUGAGGAAGUUUCAGUCUGAUUUAAAGGAAUAUUUCACCCGCAAAAUGAUCAUGUGUGUACUUGACUUUGUGAAGCAACCUUUGUUUUUCUUGCAUGCUGCCACGUUGAACGAAGAAUCCAAAAAGGCGAACACCCUUCAUGAAUUUAAAUUCUCACACAACUCAUGCAGUGUAAUCAAAGUCUUAUGUAUCCAGUCUUUCCACGAGUAAAAAAACAAUCAUAAAAUACACAUUAAAAGCCGUUUUGAAAACAUGAGUUUUGAUGGGUGAUUUGAAUCAGGAGAGGUCAGUGCAGAGGACAACUAACCGACCAAUGUUACACUUUAAAUUUAAUCUUAAACACCCUUGCCGACAAGUAGCACCCCCUGAGUGCACCUGAGCAUGCACUCAUUUAUUUGUCACAUGGAAUUAUACAAGGAACAGCUCCAGUGACAUGUGAUCCCAUCAGCUCCUGUAACACUGCAUUGUAAUUUGGUCCAUUUUUAUGCCUGUUCUUACAUUGUUGGCGGCUGCUUUAUAAUUGUCCAUGCUUCCGGACACUUCUGGUAAUCCAUGGUUUGUGGUUAUGGAAUGAUGUAACGGUCCACACAAGACAGCCGCAUGGUCACUCCUCCCGAACACAGGCUCUGCUUGAUCACUGUCCAAACACACGCAGACACACGUGUGCCUUGGCACGCUACUCAGCCGUGCCUGAGACUGUUUGUACUCAUUCAUUCAUUCAUUUUCUGUAACCGCAUGUCCUGUUCGUGGACACUUACUUACUGGAGUCUAUCCCAGCUGACAUUAGGCGAGAGGCAGGGUUCACCCUGGACAGGUCACCAGACCAUCACAGGGCUGACACAUAGAGACAGACAACCAAUCACACUCACAUUCACACCUACGGACAAUUUAGAGUCACCAGUUAACCUGCAUGUCUUUGGACUGUGGGAGGAAGCUGGAGCACCUGGAGGAAACCCACGCUGACACACCCUGGGUUCAAACCAGGGACCUUCUUGCUGUGAUGCUAACCACUGCAUCGCCCAGUAGUACGGAGCAUAUGACUGGAUAAAUGAGACUGAUUAUGCUGCACGAGUUGUGAGAGCUUGUAAGCAGAUGUUCAGAUACAGUUUUCAGAGUUCCUGCAGACUUUUUAAAGUCAAAUUUAAGACGUUUUAAGACCUCAACAAAGAAAAAUUAAAACCAUUUUACACCAACAAACGGCAUUAAUACACGGCAGUAAACAUCACGUUCACAUCUCAUCGGUGCUCCAGUGCCUGAUGCUUCAACGCCCAUCGUCCCAAGUUUUUCAGUGUAUGGUCUAAGUCACCUCAGUGCCGUUACUUGUGACAGCAUUACGAGUAAUAAAGUCAUAAAAUCAUAUAACUAUUCAUGUAACUAGAUACAGUAAUAGGUAGAUCUGAUUAGGUAUUCAGACAUGUCUUCGUUAGUCUAAAUUUAGGACUUCUCACAAGUAAAAAUAAGACUUUUUAAGACAUUUUAUGGCCUUAAAUUUUCAAAAUCAAAUUUAAGACUUUUUAAGGAUCUGCAGGAACCCUGGUUUUGCUGUUUGUUUUUUAAACACGAUCCUAAUUUACUUCAAUUCCAGAUGAAGGUUAGUCUUUUUUGGAUUCUUCGUUCAGAGGCAUGCGAGCAAAACAAAGUUUUCUCCACAAAUUGAACACGUGGUGCGUCAUUGUUAAAUGAUCACUUUGUGUGUGACGUAUUCCUUUAAUCCACUAUUAAACAAAUGAUAAUGGGUGCAUUCAAGCCUUUAAAAUGAGCCAGGCCAUUCCUCAAAGGAUGCAGUCCCUAAAUACGGACGCAGCAGACGAAUAAAAACAGCCUCCAGAUCUCCAACUCUGCAGCAGCCCUUGUCCAAACACCCUUCUGUUACAUUCUCCCACAUCAUGUGAUCCUCCAUAAGAACAUCCCAAAAUAUAUAUAUUGCCUUAACCCAAACAUUAAAUUAUAUCCUAGCACACAGCAUGACCAUAUACAUUACUCUUGUGCCUUCAUGCCGAAUCGGCAGCUUUAAAGUAUCCUCAUAUGGAGCGUUUCGAAUUUGACAACAUAAAUGUUCUAAAUGGGUCCCUUUGUGUUUCCUGUUGGAUGUUUUGCAGUGUGUGUGAAUGACAUCCGCAGACAGGAAGCAAACAUGGACUCAAGCUGUUGCCUAGCAAUGCAAUUCCAGUGAAACUGUCUAUAAAUAUAUCUGUGCCUUCUUGUAUGAAGCAUCGUAAAAUAUUUGCCUUAGUAGCUCUUGUUUUUCUAAAGUCAUCCUGAGGAGCCGCACUAAUUUAAAUUAUCCUUAAGUGCAUUUCAAGGCUCUGGGGAAUUUCCUUAAGUCCAUUAGCCUUUACACAAACGUCCUUAACAGUGGAAACAAGGGAAAAAACUGAACUUGACCUAUCUCUGUAGAGAUGGUAUGCUUUCUUUCAUUGAGUAUUUAGUAUCGAGAAUGUGGAGAUUUGAACUAACAAUGCAUUCAGAUCAUAUUUACUUUGCUUUUCUUCCUGUUUGUCAUUUUGGCUCCUUUGUUUUUUUUACCCGCUCUCCGUCAGAUCUUCAUAUCCACACUACAGAUAAUACAGCAGUACUGGUUUGGAUUAACCUGAGCGAAAACAGCAUUAACAUGGCAGCUUUACCGUAUUCCUGCUGCACUGUGGGAAAUCACUCAGUAUUUUACAUAUCCUUAACUAUAUAUUUUUGAAUAUUCAUUUUAGUACAGUGCUUAUAAAUGGAAAAAACAUUACCACCUUAAGUGAAUUCUUAAAAAUAUGAAAGUCUUAGAGCAGAGGCUAAUGCGUCCUGGUUGCUCGCACCAGACUUCGGAGGCUCUGAGGACGGCCUUUAAAUUGUCUUUGAUAUGGAACUUUAACACGGAUAUGUCACGACUGUUGCCACUAUGAAAAAAACCUGGAGCCAAAUGUUUUAUUCACAGCGGUGUUGAUGUUUUUAUCCUAAUGUGCCUUUUCAUAUUGCUGUUAUUUGUAAAAAAACAUUUUAAAAAAAUUAAAAGAAAGAAAAAAAUCCCAUAAUAAUUUCCAUGUAAUCUACCUUAUAUUUAGCCAAGUAGUUUUAGUAUCUAUAUCGUAAUAUAUGUUAAAUAAAUAACCAACCUUUGUCUACUGCUAAAUGCUUUUUCAUAAAUAUAUGUGUGCAAUGACUAAAA